AUGAGACAGGUCCAGGGUCGGUCAGCAGUUAUACAAGAGAUCUUGAAAAUGCACGAAAUAACCAACAUUCCCACUCAGAUCGCUAUGAGAUUUUUAACCAACCACUAGAUGCCAAACAACCUGGCUUCGUGGAGACUACUUCAAAUCCCCAGCCAUUUGGAAAUCGUCCAAAUAUACCGCAAGAAUACCGCGUAGUUCGAUCCACCCGUGCUGGAUCAUAUCCUGGAAGUGAAAGAUCGCCAAUCCCAACCAAAAAUCUACCAACUACCAGUCAACGACCAAGAGAGUACAUCACUCGACACAAUAAAUACUACAACAGGACAAGAAAACAUCACCACUUCCAAUACCCAACAUGGAUUACUUUCAAAUGAACAGCCAGGCUCUCAUAGUGAUAAACCACCGGGAGAUGAUGACCAACAGAAUAAAUCCCCCACCAUCAGACCACACAACUCAACCAACUCCAGCAAAAAAGUUGGUCCACCUGGAAAUGACCAGCCAGAUGCAAAUAUUGAAAAACCACCACCAGACAGUACCACAAACCCCCAACCACCAAGCCCUGACCAAAAAGGCACAACAAAAAAUCCUACCGUCGGAUCACCAAACUCCUCCACAUCUGAUGAUAACCAAACUGACACACCUUCAACUAACACAUCUGAUUCCCCUGGUGAGAAACCAUCUAACCUCACAGAAGACCUCAAGUAA